GCCGAAAGGAACUAUCCACGUAAGUCAAACGGAGUUUCCUUUCUAACUACUUCUGACUGGAAGAAUUCAUUGCACGGGCCCUCUUCCAACAAAUGGCAAGCAGGUGGUUUGCCUGGAUCAGCCGCCAAUUCUGUGAUCAUGAAAAAAACCAGAUUGUAUAGUGGUGGAAAGAAAGAAUCUACUUGGCAGCAUAGCAGAAGAAGAAUGGAGAAGGGGAGAAUCCCAUAUUUUUUGCCCGGAGCACCCAUGUAGAACUGGAAGCAGCUGUGCCUUGCAUGAUCGCACUGUCAUGCACGUGAGCGCCUAGUGUGAAACAGGAUGUCUCAGCAAGCAAAUAUUGGGGAUCUCCUCCCCAUGCUGGUUUCUCCAGUCCUGGUGGCCCUGGAAGAUAUAAUGGCUGCAUUCAGAGAGAACCUCGCUUCAGAUCGUGGGCCUAUGCUGGUGAAUUCUUUAGUCGAUUACUACUUGGAAACCAGCUCGCAACAAGCUUUGCACAUCCUGACCACUCUUCAAGAGCCACAUGACAAGCACCUUCUUGAUAAAAUCAAUGAAUACAUGGGCAAGCCCGCUACCCGCCUCGCCACUCUUUCGCUACUUGGUCACGUGAUUCGACGUCAGCCUUCUUGGAAACACAAGCUUUCUCAGGCCCCCGUUCUCCCGUCCCUCCUCAAGUGUCUCAAGACUGACACCGACGUUGUGGUCCUCACUACAGGGGUGCUAGUGUUAAUAACAUUGCUGCCCAUGAUCCCUCAGUCUGGGAAGCAGUACCUCCAUGACUUUUUCGGCAUAUUCGGCCGCCUUUCAUCUUGGUACUUGAAGAACCCAGGCCACGUGGCAGAGAUCUAUCUGGUCCAUCUCCAUGCUAGUGUGUAUGCCCUCUUUCACCGCCUUUAUGGAAUGUACCCGUGCAAUUUCGUCUCCUUUCUGCGCUCUCACUACAGUAUGAAGGAAAACCUGGAGACCUUUGAAGAGGUGGUCAAGCCAAUGAUGGGCCACGUGCGUAUCCAUCCGGAGCUGGUAACUGGAUCCAAGGAUCACGAACUGGACCCUCGGAGGUGGAAGAGGCUAGAAACGCACGACGUUGUGAUUGAAUGUGCCAAAAUCUCCCUGGACCCGGCAGAAGCGUCCUAUGAAGAUGGCUACUGCUCAACCUCCCUGCAAGCCUGCGCACACCUGUCACAUUUCCCCGCCGAUCCCGAGGCCAGCCCUUACAUUAUUCCCCACAAUAGUCUGGGAGCCUCUACUUCGACUCCUUAUUCUGCUUCUCGGCUAGCGCUCUCCCAGAUACCAGGACAGCUACCUCAGAUUUUCAACUCUCAGUCCUCAAGUUUGUCAGCUGAGCCUCAGCAGGCGCCUUUCUGGAGUCCCUCCGCUGUUUGUGGCAUGACUACCCCGCCAACCUCCCCUGGCAUCGUUCUGGAGUCUUCGCAGACUUCUUCCCAGCCUUAUUCCAAGUUCUUCAGCACACCCGAUGAUUUUGUUUCGAGUUCGGCUCCUUCAGCUGCUGCUGCGCCUUUGAAGAAGGAGGAGAAAGCAGAUUUCGGGAGGCCUUUCCUGUCCCGACAGCAAAAUAUCGUAAACAGAACUUUGGACUCCCAAGGCAGUAAAAAUUCUGUAACUUUAAGCGAUCUUCCCAACAUCCUGGGUGACCUGGAGGCGUCUUGUGAAGACAGUGGAGAGAAGGACAAAGAGGAAGACGCCAUCUCCAAUGAAAUCUCUGAGAUCACAGCAGCAGAUGCCGAGCCCGUGGUGCGGGGAGGGUUUGAUUCUCCGUUCUACCAGUUCGGCGAGAGCCUCUCCAGCUCUCGGAAGUCCCAGCCAGUAGCUUCGACUGCCCCGGGGCAGCUCCCGAGUGCUGAGCCCUCGACAUCUUUUCCGGACCAAUCCGGGCUCGAAGGCCCGCGGGACGCUCUGAAGCAAGCCUUCACGCCCAUCGACCGGCCCUGCCGUGAUGCCGAGGAGAGUCCUGCUGGGCCCCAGGAAAGUUGGGCCUCAGCAGAUCCGGGCAUUUUCACCCCCAGCCCUUGUAAAAUUCCUGCUCGCCAGAGGGCUGGCGCUCGGAGUCAGCAGCCUCCGGGAUACGAGCACCUGUUUGAGGUGGCGUUGCCGAAGACGGCCUACCUGUUCGUCAGCCAGAAGACUGACAAGCUACUGAAAAGAGGCAGGGGAGGACCUGAGGAAGAUGGCUUUCUUUCUGCUUCGCCUUUGGAUGUGUUAGACAAGCUCCUGGAACAGGGGGCAGACGCCCACAGCAGAGAACUGAACAAAUUGUCCUUGCCAAGCAGAUCUGCUGAUUGGACUCACUUUGGAGGUUCUCCUCCUUCGGAUGAGAUCCACACCCUGCAGAACCAGCUGCGCUUGCUGCAUAACCAGCUGCUGUACGAGCGUUUCAAAAGGCAGCAGCACGCUCUGCGGAACAGGCGCCUCCUGCGGAAAGUGAUCAGAGCAGCUGCCCUGGAGGAGCACAACACAGCCAUGAAAGACCAGCUGCGUCUCCAGGAGAAGGACGUCCAGGCGUUGAAGCUCAGCCUGCAGAAGGAGCAGGCCAAGCACUGCACGUUCCGGGAAGAAUACGAUGGCAUGGUGGCCCAGCUCCACAGCCAGAUCCGCCAGCUGCAGCACGAACGGGAGGAGUAUUACAGCCAGAGUCAGGAGCUGAAGACCAAACUGGAAGACUGUUCCAACGUCAUCAGAGACCUGCGGUCUGAGUUAAAAAAAGCCAACAACAAGGUGUGCCAUACGGAGCUGCUGCUGAGCCAAGUUUCUCAAAAGCUUUCUAACAGCGAGUCGGUCCAACAGCAGAUGGAGUUCUUGAACAGGCAGCUGCUGGUGCUGGGGGAGGUGAACGAGCUCUACUUGGAGCAGCUGCAGAACAAGCACGCCGACACCACAAAGGAAGUGGAGACCAUGCAGCUGGCCUUCCGAAAAGAGCUGGAGAGAGCCAAAUCUUGCCUCCUGCUGCAGAGCCAGCAGGUGGAGGCCUCUCAGAACCGGAUUGCAGAACUGGAAUCUCAGCUCGCCAAACGGGAUCACCUCUUGCUGGAGCAGAAGAAGUAUCUGGAGGACGUGAAAGUUCAAGCCAGGGGCCAGCUCCAAGCGGUGGAGAACCAGUACAAAGUGCAGAAGCGGAUCACGCAGACGUUUGAGCUGGAGAUCCUGCACUUGUACAGCCGCCUGGAUAACGACCCGUUGCAGAGGAAACGAGAGGAGGACAAAAUGGAAACGGCGGAAAUGGCUGACGAAAGGCUCUUGGGGGCAAAUGAAGGUGCUGCUCACUCUGUCGCCAGAUGCGGCGAAGAAAUGCUGGGCAGGAACGGGGAGGCCAACACUCCUGGUGUCCAGGGGCACAGCAGCAGCAGCAGCAGCAGCAGCAAAGGCAACAGCGGUGGGUCCAGCCCGGAAAAGACCCUUGGCAGCGAAAGAGCCGGACAGUUCAACAGCUGCUGGGAAGCCUCGGCACAGCAGGAGCCUUCUUCCAGCCGCAGCCGGCUGACCGUGGGCUCCUUCCCAAGCUCGGAGAGCUUCCUGGGCAUGAAAGCCCGCGAACUGUUCCGCAACAAGAGCGAAAGCCAGUGCGACGAAGACGGGGUGGCCAUCAACAGCCUCUGCGACACGUUAAAGACUGAAUUGUGCAAAGGGCCCGGCCCAGAGGCUGGGGGCCCCCCGUCGCGUCCCGUGGAGCCCGCUCCCCCUCCCCAGAAUCAGGAAAGCAGCGUUGACUCGCUUCACAUAAUGGACUACAACGAAUCGCAUCACGGUCACAGCUAAGCCAGGAGCGUGGGGAAGUCAGUGUUACUUUUUGUGAUCUCAGCAUGGGACAGGGAGAGGAUCGGCGUGCACGUGUUUUAACUAAAAGCUUUCACGUUUUGUUCCGGGCCCAUCAGCCUGGGCUGCUGAAGCCGGGCCGGUUUGAUUUGUUUGGGGCGGGUGGCCUUGGCUGAGCAAAUGCGGGAUGAGUGUCGGAUCCGGAAGGGCCAAAGAGCACCCUUGUCCCUCCCCCUUCGCUGUCUUUGACACCCCCCCCCCACUUUUUCCUCCAACCGGGGUUGUGAUGGCCGGGAUCUUCCCUAUUGCCUCUUUCUCAAGAGGCCUCAUCGACGUACUUCUGUGCAAUAGGAGGUUAGCAGACCGAGCGAACCGAGGGGGGGCACUUAGCUGAAGAACUGUACCCCACCAGUCCUCAUUCAGGGUUGGCAGCCACCUUGUCCCCCCCCCCCCCUUUGCAGGUGAUUUGGGUGGCACUUCUCAUCCAAAGCAAGAUUUUAAAGGGUCUGAUCGUAAUUUUCAACCUCUGCUUUUGAGUCUCCUGGCGCCUUCCCUCAACCCUGCUCAUCCUGAGUAGGCUGGACUUAGCUCUGACGACGAUGUGGUUUGGAUCAUGCCCAUGAGGAUUCCGAUCUGCUGCCUUCUCCUUCCUUUAAAAAAAGCAAAAAAAAAAAAAAAGUGGUUUAUUCCCCCCUCCCGCUCUCCACGUUUCUGCGAAUGGGUAGAUUUUUUUUUUGCAGCUGGUCCUCUGGGAAGCUUUGGAGGCUGUCCUGCAGAGUCCCCAAAUGUUCUCAAAACACUAUUUCUCUUCACCCCUAUUCCCUUUAUCUGUUUUUAUAAGCUGACACUGACCUAAUCUGAGCUUGUGUAGCCCUUCGUAAAUGAAAACGCAGCCUUGGGUGGCAAGGCUUUUACAGCGAAGCGCGUAGAGAUUUCCAGCAAAAACCAUGGGAAAGUUAGCUCUCUCCCCACCAUCCAUCCCGCACCUGUCUCUCUCUGGGAAGGAUCCCCUUUGCUGGUUUUGUGUUCCACCUGAACAGAAAAUGAGGCUUAUCCUUUUUUUAUCCAGUCUCUGGUUUCUUUGGUAACCAAGUCUAAGCUGCUUAGGAUCUCUUGCUGGUAGCUGCCUAGCAUCCCAGGCUCCGGGCCAGAAACCUGAAAUCCAUCACUCUGAAGCAUUUGUGGUGUCUUUGGAGAGCAAAGCAGGGCUGAACCUCCAUCGGGAGCGAGCGCGUGCGUGCACGUGGGUUGGAUCUGUGACAGUUGCCCCCCUCUGUUCAGAAAAUCUUGGAAGGAGGCACCUGGCGUCCCGGCGUAGUGUGUUUUGAUACCAGAGUGGUCGUUUUGCAAUUGGAUACUUAAAAAGUCUCUCCUGCGGUGGAAACUUCGAGUGGACACGGCUGAGAGCUUGCCUGCCGUCAAGGGGGGAAUGCAUUGUUCUUAAAACCCCACAAGGUGUCCUCUCUGCCUCUUCAAAUGUUUUCUACCCUUGGGUUCUUUUGCCACAAAGUCAGCCUUUGGGCCCCUUUCUAAUCAGAGAAAGCUGCUAAGAUAACCCAUGCCCAAAAUCGCCACCUUUUAUACUUCUCCUCCAGUGGUCCUUUGCACAUUUCUAAAACAAACCCUUUAAAAAAAAAAAAAAAAAAAUCUCGACCCUCACUCAAGGUUUCUCUAAAGGAAGGGUGGGUUUGGAUAGCUGCUGCUCAAGCUGAAAAACGUGGCAAGCGGGCACUGGGAAUUCUUGGUGGUGUGUUCGGGUGAGGCGAGGGUGGUGGCGUGUCAGGAAAGGCAAAAUAGUUGCCAGCUGCCCGCGCCAGCCUUUCUGAGCUCUUUUGCAGAGGGGCUGAAGGCAUGUGGCUGAUGAGGGCUGUGGUGUCCCAGGAUGGGCUGUGUGAUCUCGGCGAGUUAAAUGGAAGUCGCUGUAGGAAAUGCUGUUGUCUCUAUGGUUGAAAUUUAACAAGCACGCUACAGGCUAGUCUCAUUUCUCCCCAUUCUACUCCUGAAAUUAGCUAAAAUUGGUCCUCCCCACGCAGUGGAACUGCAGUUCACUGUUUGUAAAGUGAUGCCGACAGGAUCAGAGAUUUCCAACCCCUUGAUUGGAGCCUCUAUUGUACAGGGGUGUUCUAACCAGAAUAGCCCCCCGCCCACACGUACAGGGGUCCAGUCUGCCCCACCCUCUCCUUCCGGUGCACAGACAGAUUGGAGAUCCCAUCAGUGCCACUGGUGGAGGUCGGGGUUUGCUCCCCGGUCCCCUUGGUGUCUCGUUUCCCGUUUUAGCGGUCCGGAUGAUUUGGCGUAGUCCGGAAAUACCUCGUCUUUGCAGGUCUCUAUCAGGAAUGAAGAUUAGACCCGUUUUGCUUUUUCUGUGCGGACUGUCCUAUACUUACUGAGCGGGCCUCUCUCGUUUUUGGUGGUCAAAAUAUCCAUCUUUCCCUGGGGUUAGAACCGGUCCUUUGUCCGCUCGCAGAAAGGAUACGAGUGACCUUGGCAAUGAAUUAGUGAGAUUACCCUGCCCCGUUUUUUCCCUGCGGACCACAGAAAUGAUGGAGGAACAGAUCUAUUGCCUUUAUCAAGCAACUCUGAAUCAUGGAUGUAGCAUACGUAAUGAACUUCUUGUUUCCGUUUCUGUUUUGCCAUUUGCUGGGGGAAAGUUCUCAUUAGUGAAGCUGGAAGUAAUCCUUUUCUUUUUCUUCGUAAAGAAAAACCGACUGCUUUCAGUUAAAUCUAAAACCAGAAACCAAGCUGUCAAAGGGUUAAUAUUUUCCUGCCUUGCUCUCUGUAAGCAUGAUUUUUUUUUUUUUUUAAAAAGUACUUGGCUUUUUUUUUUUUUCUUUUUAAACGGAGAAAAAAAAAAUGCCACCAAGACGAUGCUAUGAAAUGGUACAAUCGAAACUAAACAAGAAAUUUCACAAGCAAAACCAAAUGGAGGGUGUUUUGCUUUCUUCACUACAAUGUUCUAAUACAUCAAGGCGGUUGCUUGUGUUUAACUGUGAACAAAUAAAAAAAAACAUACUGUUUUUCAUUCA